AUGGCCACCGUUAAUAUCCGACGAGAUGUCGAGGACAAGUUCUACCGUUACAAGAUGCCCCUUCUCCAGAUCAAGAUUGAGGGCCGAGGAAACGGUAUCAAGACUGUCAUUCCCAACAUGGAAGACAUUGCCCGCGCUUUGAACCGUCCCCCCAACUACCCCACCAAGUUCUUCGGUUUCGAGCUCGGUGCCCAGACUACCAUGGCCAACGACCGCUACAUCGUCAACGGUGCGCACACUGCCGACCGUCUUCGAGAGCUCCUCGACUCGUUCAUCGUCAAGUACGUUCUCUGCCCCUCGUGCAAGAACCCCGAGACCGAGAUCUUUGUCACUGGCAAGUCUGGCCACGAGUCGAUGCACCGAGACUGCAAGGCCUGUGGUGCCCAGACUCCCAUGGAGAUGCGCCACAAGUUGUCCGCCUUCAUCGUCAAGAACCCUCCCAAGAAGAGCGGCAAGAAGGGCAAGAAGGCCGGUAUGACUGCUCAAGCCAACGUUGGUGGUCCCAUGGUCUUUGACAAGGCUGCCGAAGAGGACGGAAGCGACGACGAAGCUGGCUCGCCUGACGGCAAUGGCGUCCCUACCAAGGGCACCGAGAUCGACGCUGUUCUCGGCCGUGCCGAUCCCAUCCUCGACAACCCCGACACUGCCGAGGAAGUGUCCAAGAAGCUCAACAAGCUCGACGUCGAUGACGACGAGGACGAAGACGCCGACUCUCCUUACUCUCAGCUUGGCGCCUGGCUCGAGGAGAACAAGACUGCCGACGAUGCUGCCAUCAUUGGUCAGAUCAAGGAGCUUGAGAUCAUUGGCAAGCACAAGGUCUUGGUGGAGAUUGGUCACCACCUCUUUACCGAUGAUGUCGGUACUGAAGUUGGCAAGCGUGAGCAGCUUCUCCAAGCUCUUGUAACCUCCGAGAAGCACCAGAAGUCCCUCCUUGGUGGCCUCGAGCGUCUCAUCGGCAACUCUCCCAACCUCGACUCUCUCCUCGCGGCUGGUGUCACCUCCAAGGUCCUCAUGGCGCUUUACCAAUCCGACAUCUUGGAUGAAGAGGUCGUCAAGUCCUGGGGCACCCAUGUCAGCAAGAAGUAUGUUGACAAGGAGAAAAGCAAAAAGGUCCGAAAGAAUGCGGACGCUUUCCUCAAGUGGCUAGACGAGGCUGAGGAGUCCGACAGUGACGAGGAGUAG